GGUUGGGCAAUUCUUGCAAGAUCGUUCUGGGAGACGAAGCCCGACGGCGGAGGAAGAAGGAAAGCGCGAUGUCGAAAGGAGAGUGCCAGACAAAGAACGUCAAUGAGUACGACGACGAAAAAGAGCUCAACGAGCCUCCGACCAAGGUACUGGAUGAAGGCGACAUUGCCCUGCUCAAGACGUACGGUCUCGGUCCGUACUCGCGUGCCAUCAAGAGCGUAGAGGACGACAUCAAGAAGGUGCAACAAAGCGUGAACGACCUGGUUGGAAUCAAGGAAAGCGACACGGGGCUGUCGAUUCCAUCUCAGUGGGAUCUCGUCAGCGACAAGCAGAUGCUCCAAGAAGAACAGCCCCUGCAGGUCGCGCGAUGCACCAAGAUCAUCAACGCCGGCGAAGACGAAGCCAAAUACAUGAUCAAUGUCAAGCAGAUUGCCAAAUUCGUCGUCGGUCUUGGGGAAAAGGUCGCUCCCACUGAUAUCGAGGAAGGGAUGCGAGUGGGUGUCGAUCGCACAAAGUAUGCCAUUCAGAUCCCGUUGCCGCCCAAAAUCGACCCGACGGUGUCGCUCAUGACGGUCGAAGACAAACCGGACGUGACGUAUGACGAUGUUGGUGGGUGCAAAGAAUCGCUAGAAAAGCUGCGCGAGGUCGUCGAGCUACCUUUACUGCACCCCGAGCGCUUUGUGAAUCUCGGCAUCGAUCCUCCCAAAGGUGUCUUGUUGUACGGUCCUCCCGGGACUGGGAAGACUUUGUCGGCGCGCGCCGUUGCAAACCGCACGGACGCGUGCUUUAUCCGUGUCAUCGGGAGUGAGCUCGUGCAAAAGUACGUUGGCGAAGGCGCCCGCAUGGUGCGCGAAUUGUUUACCAUGGCCCGGUCCAAGAAAGCGUGCAUCGUGUUCUUCGACGAAGUAGAUGCCAUCGGGGGCGCCCGCUCCGCAGGGGAGGAAGGCGGCACGGACAACGAAGUCCAGCGCACGAUGCUCCAGAUCGUCACGGAACUUGAUGGAUUUGAUCCUCGCGGUAACAUCAAAGUGCUCAUGGCGACGAAUCGACCAGACACGUUGGAUCCUGCGCUGAUGCGGCCGGGACGAUUGGAUCGUAAGGUCGAAUUCAACGUUCCCGAGCUGGACGGGCGAACGCAAAUCCUUCAAAUUCACGCCAAGAGCAUGAGCUGCGACCGCAACAUUCGCUUUGAACUGAUUGCGCGGCUGUGCCCAAACACGACUGGUACGACGGGACUUGAUGCGAUGCAAGCUAAACAAGGUCAUCAGGGGCCGAACUCCGCAGUGUGUGCACGGAAGCCGGCAUGUUUGCCAUUCGCGCGCGCCGCAAGAGCGUGAGCGAAAAGGACUUUCUCGAAUCCGUCAACAAAGUUAUCAAGGGAUACCAAAAGUUCUCGUCCACUCCCAAGUACAUGGUGUACAACUAAAGCGAGGCAGCUUCCGUAAUAUACACUCCCGACCUUGAUACGUGCCGGACGAAGCGUUGCAACCGUGCUUCCGCCUCGACGCGAUGGCAAAAAGCACUCGUCCGUUGUCACGGGCCAAUGUGCAUGCAACUAGCAAAUUCUACCUCGAACGCAUGCAUAGCCGCCAUGAUCCCGUCACGGGGCGUAGCGGCGACGCCUCCAUUUCACCACU